CGGGGGGCGGGGGGGUGGAGCCAGGGGAGCAGCGCCCGGCGGCGGCGGCGGCGGCGAAGAGAGGCACGGUUGUAGCGGCGGCGGCUGUCUGGGCGGCAGGGGUGUCCGGCCCCCGCCAUGGAGGGCAUGGACGUGGACCUGGACCCGGAGCUGAUGCAGAAGUUCAGCUGCCUGGGCACCACCGACAAGGACGUGCUCAUCUCCGAGUUCCAGCGGCUGCUCGGCUUCCAGCUCAACCCGGCCGGCUGCGCCUUCUUCCUGGACAUGACCAACUGGAACCUGCAAGCAGCUAUUGGAGCCUACUAUGAUUUUGAGAGCCCAAACAUCAACGUGCCCUCUAUGUCCUUUGUUGAGGAUGUUACCAUAGGAGAAGGGGAAUCGAUACCUCCUGACACCCAGUUUACAAAAACGUGGCGGAUACAAAACUCCGGAGCAGAGGCCUGGCCACCAGGGGUUUGUCUUAAGUAUGUUGGGGGAGACCAAUUUGGACAUGUGAACAUGGUGAUGGUGAGAUCGUUAGAACCCCAAGAGAUUGCAGAUGUCAGCGUCCAGAUGUGCAGUCCCAGCAUGGCAGGGAUGUAUCAAGGACAAUGGCGUAUGUGCACUGCCACAGGACUCUACUAUGGAGAUGUCAUCUGGGUGAUCCUCAGUGUGGAGGUGGGAGGACUUUUAGGAGUAACGCAGCAGCUAUCAUCCUUUGAAACCGAGUUCAACACGCAACCGCACCGCAAGGUAGAAGGAAACUUUAACCCAUUCGCCUCUCCGCAGAAGAACAGGCAACCAGAUGAAAACAACUUAAAAGACCCUGGGGGUUCCGGGCUAGGCACUAUCAGCAAAAACACAUGGGCUCCUGCUCCUGACCAAAUUGAACAAGAUCAAAAUGGACUGUCACAAAACUCUGUAAAUCUCUCCCCCAGCAGUCACUCAAACAACUUAUCGGUAGUGACUUACAGUAAGGGGUUCCACGGCCCUUAUCCUUUUGGACAGUCUUAAAACGGGUAUCAUCACGAAGAGAAAUUUACAAAGAUGGAUUGACUUUGGGGGGGGAGGGCAAGGGGUUCCUUUGGAUUCCAGACAACACAAUAUGGACCUCUGGCUCUGACUCCACAUCCUGGAUGAAGAGGAAUCUAAACAGACUAGUUUCAAGUAAACUCCGUAUGCAUGUGUGAAUGCUGAAUUGCGGGAAUGCUGAUCGAGGCUACAGAGAAGAAAUCCUCGUGGUCAAGCUGUGUUUUGGGAAAGGGGGGUGGGGCUGUUGGUUGUUGGUUUUUGUUUUUGUUUUUUUAAGGUGUCACAGGUAAUUAGGUAGCUCAGGAGGAGGAAAAGUUUGGAAACGGGAGAGAGAAAACAAAAGCCAUCUUUUAAAACAAAACUUAUUUUGCCUAGAGAGAGGCUGUUGUUUUGAGAAAAUGUUGGUUUCUUCUCCCCCCCCCCCGCCCCCACCUCAUUUUAAAAAACAGUGGCAGCAUGUGUGAUUUUUGGACUGACUGACUCCUUGCUUUGAGCAGGGAUGGAAUGGAAGCUUGAAGCAUGCAUGUGGUUUUUUUUUGGGGGGGGCGGGUAUCUGUGUGUCAUUGCAGUGAGUGUGUAUCUGUUUUAUGUGAGGUUAGAACAGGCGCUGACCUUGUGUUUUGAAUGGCAUCCGCCAUUUAAUUUUUGCUCUCCCCUCCUCCCCCCCCUCCUUUUAAUCUUGUUGAUUUACUCUUUUGGCGUUUGAAUUAGCCAACCUGUGGCUCUUGAUUAUAAGAAAACCUUUCUGAAGACCAAACUCUUUCCCUGUGUCUUCAGCAGAGGGAGCCUCUGGAACAGACCUCAGAUGAUGGAUGCUUCUAUUCAUCUGAAGGAAUCCCUGACACACAUGCACGCACGUGCACGCACUUUGAAAUCUGUAACAAGAAACAGGAUUGCUUUUCUUCCACAUUUCAUUUAUUAUAGAGAAAAAUUCUCCACAGGUGAAAUGCUAUUUAGGGGUUUUCAUGCAUUGACUUUCAACAACAGGGGAUAUGCUACAUGCCCUUUUGUUCCAACUCCCCAAAAGUGUGUAUGUUUCCUGGUGUAAUUCACCAACUAGUGUGUAGUGUGUAAGUUUUAAGGUGUCAUGUUUCUCUUUUUUCACCAAAUUCCCUUCCCUGUGUUUUCACUCAAGUCCUCCUUUGUGAUACGUUCACAGCCAGCCUGUGGAGGCUGAGCUGCUGCUGUCUGGAAAUAUUGAAACUAGAGCCGGAAGUGUAAUCAGCCAUAGGGGAGAGCCACAUUCAGUCACUUCUCAAUCUUAGAGGCCACAUUAGUCUGGAAACGAGAGGUCCUCUGGGCAGGGUGCUUUGAAGAAGUGGCUGGGAACUAGGGUUAAUGGGCCGGAGUGGGGGUGGGGGUGGGGGUGGGAGGGAAUUACAGCCAGAGCUGGGGCCCAGCUGCUGGCUGCACAUCUGUUUCAGGCUCAAAUCUCUGCAUUGCCCUAGCUGCCUGAAGGCUCUGAGACAUGCAGGAUAUGGAUAUCCCAAUGGGAAGCUUGAACCAGGCUAGAACAGCUGUCUGCCAAAGAUACAAGAAUAUGCAAAGUCCCCUUCUAGCCCCUAUCCUUCCUCUCCUCCACCCCCCCCCCCCAAACCACACUAAUAAGUCUUAGCAAAUAACCAAGUCAGGAGGGUUGUGUUGUCUCUCAGCGAGUGGAUCUGAAAUGCAGUUGCAGUAUUGUCUGCCCGUUGCCACUGCCAGGGUGGCAUUAAGCUUCCCAGACCAGAUAUGCAGCUGCAGGGGGUCCUGUAGCCUCUGUGUGUGUGUGUGUGUGUGUGUGUGUGUGUGUGUGUGUGUGUCUGUGUGUGUGUGUCUGUGUGCUUGAGUGUAUGUAUGUAUAAGGUUUUGGUAUCUCUGUUUGGAUGAUAAUUUUGAGAAUGGUCCUCCUCAUCCUCCUCUGAUACUGGUGUUUUUUGUUUUUUUUUUAAAGCAUGAUUGUAGGAGAGAGGCUUAUGUGAGAUUGUGUAGGGGUGUGUGUGACUUCAUUAUGAGAGGAUGGCCUUUUGCCUGCUAGGGGAGCCCUCGGAAUGUUAGGAGCCAGCUUGGUCAUAAGAGGGCAGUUGUAGACCAGUAUGGGUUUGGGGGUAUUGUUCAUGCUACAGUAACCAUUUUCUAUGCACAUGCUGAGUGCCUCAUCCCCUUUGCAAAGGGGGAAAUUGUGCUGGGUGACUGGUAGGCCAUGAGACUGAGUUCAGCCAGCAGAGUUCCAAGUUCUGAGAACAGAUUGUGGAAUUCUGGGGAGAGGCAUAGAGUUCUGCUUCUGCUACCAUCUUUUGCCCUUUCAAACUUUCUCCUGUGGGGUUAGGUUAUAUCCUGAGACCCAGGAAUCUUCUGCUAGUUUCUUUCUCUUUUGCUAGCCCAGAAAAUGGAAAAAUCAACAAGCCCCUCCCAGGGUGCCCUUCACUACAUCAUACUCAGGCCUAAUUUGUAUUUGAAGGAGUUGUUCCAUCCACUGUCAUAGCAAUAGGGGGGGAUUGGCCACAGAUGCCAUGUGGGCCUGACCCCUUCCCUGCAGUUGGGUGAUGGUUCUCAACUGCACACACUGAAGUCAUCUUGUGCUGUCUGGGUCAAGUUAAGCAGGACAUGACACGGUCAGCAACUCUCACGGGGUAGGUAACCAGGGCACCUGUCAGGUGUGAGUUUUUAGCUGCUGGCCUCCCCAUUUCUUUCCUUCCUUCUCGUUUGGCGAGCUGGUAGAAUGCUCCCAUUCCUUCUUUCCUUAAUUUGGAAAUAUCCCACAAUACCUAUAAAUCUGGGUGGGGCGGCCUUUCCCAUUGAAGUGUGAGGGAGACAUUUUGCUGCCCCGUCUGCAGAAUGGGAAGUAUUUUCCCCUUUUGUGACGACUCGUGGUCUACCUUAUUUAGGCCAGUGGGGAGUAACUGGGGGGCUCAGGGUGAGAUCAGUAUGUGUGGUGCGUAUGCAUGUGUUCCUUUGAGGGAAGGAGGGAUAAGAGUUGUUCGGGGGCAUUUUUGAAGUAAAUCUGUGCUUCCUUCUGGGAGGAAUGCUCCCAGCUUGGGAAAGACUCUGCCCUGACACAGUAAUACGGCCUAAGAGGAAGGGAAGGUGAUUGGGAACAGAACGUCCAGGACUUGGGCUGUGCCCUAGCACCUGCAGUGUAGGGGUGCUGGGCCCACCUGGAAAUGCACGGUGUUCCCUGCCUGGGCUUUCCUUCCUUCCCUCUGGUCAUUGGAGUAGGGUGGCAUGAGGGAGCAGCAGCAGCUCCAGGCUGUCCCCUCUGGCUAGGGUGGUGAUGCAUGUGUUGAGCGAGAGAGAAAUGGAUGAUGUGGUGGGGCCUCACAGUGCCUGGGAGGAGAUGGUGAAGAGGCUUUUCGUUACUGUAUAAAUGAAUAUUUGUAUGAUUAAAUUAACGCAAAAGAUCUA